UCCUAUUCAAGUCCUCACCUCACAACUUAGUAACUUAGUAACCAUGGCAACUUCCCAAAUGCCUCUCUUCCUCCUUGUGCUACUCGCACUCGUGGCGUCAACCUCUGCAAGCCCGCCGAUACACGACGUCCUCAAAGUAUUUGGAUUUCCACCCGGCCUUCUACCUGACUCCGUCGAAUCUUACAUCCUAUGCCCUCUAGAAGAGGGUUUCAACUUCACUAUCUACCUUAAGAACACAUGUCAAGUCCAGUACACACCCAUUACUACCAUUCGCUUCAUGAAAGAGAUUACCGGACAGAUCAAAGUCUUUAGUAUUACACAGCUGAAAGGGAUUCAGGCGGCACUGCAGUACAUAUCCGGUGAUAUAUAUUGGUUAAAUAUUAUCAACAUCAGAGCCGACGACGUAUACCUCCACUUAACAGUCUUCGAAAUCUUCCUUAUGUUGGUUGAAAAGGAAGCGAUGGCGUCGAUUCCAACUUGCCAAGAUCUGGCCCUUGAUGCUUCAGAUUCAUCGCCCAAACGUAUCUCUCAGCUUCCAGUCAGCUUGAGAUCGAGAUGUUAUGUGGGUGAUGGUUCGGUUGAACGUGUUGUAUGAAUAAAUUGCAAAUUCAUGCUGGUUGUGUACUUGUUCGUCAUAAAAAAAUAUAUAUAUAGUUUGGUGAGUUGUAACUUGUAAGUUUGAUCAUGCAUCAAUAAAGAUAUUUUCAA